UUCUCUGACCUCACCAUUUCCCAAGAGCUGCCAGUCCACCUCCCAGCUGUAUAAACAAUGUAACGGUAUCUUAAACUACUCAUCAGACUCUUACACAAAUCAGGGAGCCACAUACCAUUGGCCAUUAGCCUGAUAGCUAUCCUCCUUGCCAGGGCAAAGCAGCAGGAGAAGAUCCAGAGGCGAGAGAUGGAGGACCUGCAGCCCGCGGCAGUCGUCCGGGCCCCGCGGCGGGCGAUGCUGUUCCGGGUGCCGCGGAGGCCGGUGACCAGGGCGUCUGGGGCGGCGCCGCCGGUGCCGGCGGGGGGAAAGAAGAGGAAGAUGGCGGUGGCGAGGCUCGGCGGGAAGAGGAGGCUGUUCGGCGCGAUCCGGCGGCUGCGGGUGCGGUGGCUGGCGGUGCUGUACCGGCGCAUGCUGCGGCGGCUGCGGGCCUACUACGCCACGGCGAUCAAUGACCUCCUCGAGGGCGCCGCGGUCAUCAGCUCCCUCCGCGCCCCGGCCGGCGCCGACUACUCCUUCGGCACCGCGUUCGCGCCGGUGGUCACCGUCGGGAUCUGAGCUCCCAACGGAUGCAAGCGGCGCGCAGAGUCUUUGCUGUGCUGUAACGGUGGUGGCUUGCUUGUACAGACUCUCUAGUCCAAUAUCUCUCUCAUUUUUAUUUGCUCUCUUCCUCUUCCUCCUCUUGAUCUGCUGUGUGCCUGUGUUCUUUGCUAGCAAUGUUAGCAUGUCAAUUCUUGCAUUGUCUACCUGUACUUUACAAUUUGGCUACUUUCCCUGAUCUCAAUGCAAGAAUCAGAUUUUAUAGAGAAACAAAGAAACAAAAUACUUCGUGUAA